UUUUGAUGGACGUCAUGAUCCGCAACCUCUUAGCCCUUCCGGACAGGUCCCACCCGGUAACAGUUGCCUCCUACCGGAACCCGCUCUCAGGCAGGGUAUACUAAUAUGGUGAAAAACCAGCUCCGACACCUACCUCCGCGUCCAAUACCCACUCCUAGAACACACCCAACUCCACCACCUGCUACACUGCAAGUGUGGCCAAGCCCUCAAACUCCGGGAAUGUUUGAGCGGCGCGCAAAGCAACUACUUCCAACUAGUCGACCAAACAACCAUCUGUCUCGUCUCGCUCUGAGGAAUUGUCCCAUAGAUUUGAUCUGUGCCCGGAGAGAACAUGGAAAUGGAGAACCUGGCGCACAGGUCCCUGAGAUUAAGUCUGGAAUAUCAGGGUCAGAGCUCUAUCGGUUUGAUGGAGGUGGCCUCCAAAGUGGAUAAUCCGGGAGUCAUCAAUCCGUCCAGGAGAUUGGGCACUGGGGGAACUAAUUUAGAUGGCGGCGGUAAUGGAAGUGGGGUGGAGAUUGCUGGGGAGGCGUGCUGGUGGAGGCAUUACCAGGCCGUGGAUAUUUCUCCCGGAUAAUUGUUUUUCUGCAACGACAUGAGAGGUGACGGUAUAAAAGAUUACCGGCACGGAAGAAACCUCGAUGAACCAAACAUCAAGCACUCUGCCUGCCCCACAAUCUUCACACAUCAAACAAAAAAAAACAAAAAAGUAAGAAAUGUUUAACACCCAAAACAGCCUGCAUCGCUCUAAUCAGCCCCCACAUAUCCUCGCUGCCCCUAUCCCAUCCCACCCCAUCCCCAACCUAACAAAUUUUUAAAAACCGGAAAGAGAAAAAGAAAAUACAGAACUCAUCCCUCCAUCUCGACACCACCCCCCAAUUGCCCACAUCAUCCCCAUCGACGCUAAAAUGCAACUUCCUGAUGCACACGACGCAGGAUAUCUUCCAGUCCCGCUUACCCCUCAAGUCCAGCGGCGACAGCGACUUUGGUCUUCUAUACAGCAUAGACGAGGAGCUGGCCACGUACGGGUGGUUGACGGAUACGGGUGUUAUCAUUAGUGGUUGUUGUGGAUUUGGAUCUGGCGGUGGCUUGGAGGUUAUGGAUGGGGAGUUGAAGGGGGUGAGCUUUGCUUGUUUGGUGGAGGGGAGUGGAGGAGGAGGUAAUGAAGGGUGGGUGGAAGUAGGUUUUUAGAGCUUUUGCAGAUGGCGUGUAUUCGGCUUGUUUGGGAUCCGUUUUCCAAAUUGGGUCCUGGCGGGGCUGGUGGGUGGAUGGCUACCAAUAAGGCCUUCAUGGAGGAUGUUAGAGGGGUUGGCAAAGGGUGGGUCCUGGAUCCGGGAGCAGGAGGGGCUGUUGUUUGAGUAAGGUUUUCGCGUCGCAAGUGGUGGUAGGCUAUGAGGUUUUCCUCUUUGUUAUAGAUAUCUUUCGUAAAAGCUUUCAGUUCUUAUUCGGGGGCGAGGGGAGGGCGAACGUUAUAUAAGUUGGCUUGAACUAAUGUUUCAAUACCCGAGUACAAUAAUACGGUAAUCACUCCACAGACGACUAAAUUUACUAGGUAUGGAAUUUCAAAGCUUAAGAGUACACAUGACAUGGCCAUCUGAGAGGAUCCACAGCAUAUCAUCGUAUCUAUGAUAGAUCAUUGAGAUAUUCUCAUUGCUGAAUAAAAACAAGUGACCAGCUAACGUACUGCAACGACCGAAAAAUCAAGCAAGGUUGUAUAUUACCAUAGUUUUGUAACAUCUGCCAUCAUGAAUGAUCACUCGCGUCGCAGCCUACGAGGGUCCGUUGCAUGUAUGCUA